GAACAAAGCAGGAAAUAAAGCGCUCUCUUAACACUGGAACCCAUCGUAAUGUUAAGUUUGUGUUUUUUAUUUAGAGUCUUUGGUGCGCAAUGACAAACAGCCCUCUCACAUGCAUAUCAUAUUGCUUAGUUGACCUGUCGCGUGUGCAGCGUAGACAUUCACGUAACCCUGCUGCACGCAUCAUAAGGUUUUAACGAAGACAGAUGAAGGAUGAGCGUUAAGAUAAACCAACUGUUUUGCAGUCUGACUUAGUGUGCAGCAUCAUCGGGAGCUUAAACUGCAGUUUUGACCUGUCAUCAUGGCAUGCAUUUAUGGAGACAUUAUGAAAAUAGACACAACCGGAGCAUCAGAGGCAACAGCCAAACAGGACAAAUUAACAAUUAAGGGUGUUGCAGCCUCUAAAAAACUGGCUGAGAAUGAUCUGACCCGAAUGGAGAAAUACAAGAGUUUAAUUAUUAAAGUUGGCAAAGCAAAGAAGAUGGACCCAGCAGUGAUCGCUGCCAUCAUAUCCAGAGAGUCCAGAGCUGGAGCUGCACUGAAAGAUGGGUGGGGUGAUCAUGGCAAUGGUUUCGGCCUCAUGCAGGUUGACAAGCGGUAUCACACACCUGUAGGUGCAUGGGACAGUGAGCAGCAUCUCACACAAGCAACUGAGAUACUCAUCGGCUCAAUUCAAACAAUUAAAAAAAACUUUCCUCAGUGGACCCAGGAGCAAUGCUUCAAAGGAGGAAUAUCAGCUUACAAUGGAGGUCCGGGAAAUGUCCACACAUAUGAGAAUAUGGACAAGGGUACCACAGGAAACGACUAUGCUAAUGAUGUUGUUGCCAGAGCCCAGUGGUUUCGAAGCAAGGGUUACUGAACAACAGCUGGUAAAAGUUGUGAAAUCCCUGUUUUGAAGAUAUAACAACUCAUUGCUUAUGAUUAAAGUUUUUGGAUUAAUUAAAAUUAUGCAUAUAUUUGAUAUUUGCUGAAACAUUGCUUAUAAAAUCUUUAAAAAAAAAAUUUUGCAUUUAUUUAACAGUGCAUUGAUUGGGGAUGAUGUGAACAAAUAAAACUUUAUAAAACUCUUAAA